UCCAAAUUGUUUCCUCAACCUUCAUUGAUCUCUUCCAAAUUUUCAUCUCCUCUAUAUUUCUUUCUUUCUUUCUUUCAGCUCUUCCCAACUAUCUACUCAAAAAUCCUAAUGGCUCUUCUGACCAGCAAAAGAGUCACCCACCAAUGCAAGAACUUUGAAGUCUUCUUGAGUUUUAGAGGUGAAGAUACCCGCCUUGGUUUUACGGGUUAUUUGUAUCAGGCUUUGGAUCGUAAUGGUUUUAAUACCUUCGUUGAUGAUAAACUCCAGAGGGGAGAAAACAUUUCUAAGGAACUUCUCAAGAUUAUUGAAAACUCAAUGAUUUCAAUAAUUGUAUUCUCUGAAAACUAUGCAUUUUCCACCUGGUGUUUGGAUGAACUUGUCAAGAUUAUCGAGUGCAAGAAGAAUGACCAAAUGGAGGUGCUACCAGUUUUUUACAAUGUGAAUCCAUCAGAUGUACGUAACCAAAAGGGAAAAUUUGGAAAAGCCCUAGCUAAACAUGAAGAAAAAUUUAAGGAUAGUAAGAAGAUUCAAAGGUGGAGAGAAGCUCUACGUGAAGCAGCUAAUAUAUCUGGUUGUCACUACAAUCAAUGCUACCCUGAAUCUCAUUUUAUUCAAGACAUUGUCAAAGAAGUCUCAAAUGCUAGAUUCAAUUACUCGCCAUUAUUUGUCACUAGAUAUCCAGUUGGAAUAAAUUCUCGUGUAAAAGCCAUGCUUUUAGAUAUUGAGUCAAAUGAUGUUCACAUGGUAGGGAUCUAUGGGCCUGGUGGAAUAGGUAAGACCACAAUCACAAAAGCUAUUUUUAACAGAAUUUAUGAUCGUUUUGAAGGAUUUAGCUAUCUAGAGAACGUCAAAGAAAAGUCAAUGACAAAUGAUGGCAUAAUCAAACUACAAGAGACACUUCUUUUUGAGAUCUUAGGGGAUAGAAAUUUGAAGGUGGACAACAAAUAUAGAGGAAUCAAUGUUAUAAAGAAAAGACUUUGUUGUAAGAGGAUUCUUUUAGUUAUCGAUGAUGUGGAUAAUUUGGAACAAAUAGAAAAUUUGCUUGGAGAAUCUGAUUGGCUUGCUUAUGGGAGUAAAAUCAUUAUAACAACAAGAGACAAACAAGUGCUAUCUAGUUUUGGAAAAGGUCAUUCAACCCACAAGGUUCAGGAACUAAAUAAUGAUGAAGCUCUCAAACUCUUUAGUAUGUAUGCCUUCCAUAGAAAUGAACCUAAGGAAGGUUAUUGGGAACUUGCCGACCAAUUUAUACGCUAUGGCGAAGGUCUUCCAUUAGUUCUAAAAAUAAUGGGUGCUGAUUUAUGUGGAAGACCUAAAUGUGAAUGGAAAAGUGCAUUAGAUCAGUAUAAAGAAAUUCCUAACAAAGAAAUUCAGAAAAAACUCAAAAGAAGUUAUGAUGGAUUGGGUGAAACUGAACAAGAUAUUUUCCUUGAUAUUGCAUGUUUCUUUAAGGGACUCGAUAAGGAUUAUGUUGUAGAUAUACUAGAAGGUUGCAAUUUAUACCCAGUUUAUGUGUACUAA